CUCAUAUGGCUUAUUAGAAAACGAGUGACUGAAAAUGACUUGUAUGGUGCAACCAGCAGAGACAUGACAAAGCUCUCUGGACAUAUUCAUCAUGGCAUCAAGGCCAAAAAAGUGAUUUUAGAUGGUGAGAUGUUGGCCUAUGACCCCACUGAACAAAAGUUUCUUCCAUUUGGUACACUUAAAGAUGCUUCUAAAUCAAGAGAUAUCAAUGAUCCCACUCAACCACAUCCAUGUUACCUUGUGUUUGAUAUCUUACUGUUUAAUGAUACUCCUCUUGUUGACAACAAAUUGGAGGACAGACUCAAGGUGUUGAGUACUGUGAUGAAAGAACAAGGUAUGCAUUUGAGAUUUGUGACAAGAAAACAUGUCAGCACAAAAGAAGAAGUGAAUACAGCAUUAGAAGAAGCCUUGCUGAACCAUGAAGAAGGAAUUGUGAUCAAAGAUCCUAGCUCGAUGUAUAAGCUCAGUCAACGUUCUUCACAUUGGCUAAAAUACAAGCCUACUCAUUUGGAUUCCCUCGUCGAUACAUGCGAUUUAGUAGUAGUGGGUGCAAGACAUGGUCAAGGAACAAGAGCAGGCAAAUUUGCUAGUAUUUUAUGUGCCGUCAGAGAUGAUAGAAUACCAGAAACAGAACCACCUCGG